AUGAAAGAUCCCCGCGCAUCCAAACGGAGAAGAGUCUCCGAAGAACCUGCCCCCGAUGACGAUGGAGACAUUGCUAUGGAAAGUGGCAACGAAGAUACCUUCUCCGCCCACUCUGUUGCCGACCCAGACUCCGAAGAAGACCAAGACUACCGCGGACCCCGGUCAAGGCCAUCACGCCGACAAUCAACACGAAAAAGCAUUCAAGUGCCCAAUGGACUAGGCGAAGAUACUACAAAUGAAGAACAAGCUGUUGAAACUCCGAAGAGUACCCGGGCUAGUGGAAGGCAGCGCAAAGCACCCCAACGAUACGAAGGGUCAACGCCAACAUCUACACGGAAGGCGGCUGCAACUCCUCGCAGUACUCGGGCGGGAAGAAGUGCUCAGAAGCCCAAACGAGACUCGGUGGAUGAUGUUGAUAUGGACGUUGACGAGCCUUCGCCCAAGCCUACUGCGAAACUCACGAGGACAAGAUCGAGACGGAAUAUCGCCAAGCCCAAAUCAAAGGAUGUGGAUGCUGUAGAAGCGGAGAACCAGUCGCCGGGCCCGGAGAUGUAUAAUGAUGGACUUGAUGAUCUUGUUGCUCUGCAACUUCAGCAAGAUCUGCAUCAGGGUCAAGGGGAGGUAGAGGAGAACACUGAAAUGGUAGAGCCAAAUCCGGAUUAUGUAGAAGAUAUGCAGAAUCUUUGCAAUGAGGCACUUGGAGGGGAAACUCGCUUGCUUACGAAUUUUGUUCUUGAGAAGCUUUCUGGAAAGCGACAAAUUCCACUGAAAGGCCUCGAAAAUGAAUACAACAAGGUCAACCAUUUGAUUGAACAGACUGUUACGGUUGGCGAAGGUAACUCAAUGCUGCUCCUUGGAUCACGAGGUUCUGGAAAGACAGCAAUGAUCGAAACAAUCAUCUCCUCCCUUGCGGAGGGUCACAAGGAAGACUUCCAUGUUGUUCGACUGAAUGGCUUUCUGCACACCGAUGACCGCUUAGCUCUCCGUGAGAUGUGGCGCCAACUUGGCCGCGAGACGAACACCGAGGACGACACAGUCAGAAUCAACUCCUACGCCGAUACUAUGGCAACUCUAUUGGCCCUGUUAUCUCAUCCCGAGGAGCUCUUCGGGGCGUCUGGUAACAAGGAUGGUGUGACGGCUGCCAAGUCUAUUAUUAUUCUUCUUGACGAGUUCGACUUGUUCGUCACUCAUCCCCGUCAAACACUGCUGUAUAAUUUGUUCGAUAUUGCACAAGCACGCAAAGCCCCAAUUGCAGUCGUUGGACUCACCACGAAGGUCGAUGUUACCGAGAUGUUAGAGAAGCGUGUCAAGAGUCGAUUCAGUCAUCGCUAUGUAUAUGUUCCACUUCCUCGAACAUAUGAAUCCUUUUCAGAAAUUUGUCUCGCAAGCUUAAGCCUUGAUGAAAAGGAAUCCGUGCAACUGGCAAAUUCACUCAAUCCUGAGGAUCGUGCUAUAUUGGAAACGACAAGUUGGCAAACGCUUCUUCAGGGUUGGCAACUAUACCUGAAGCACCUAUGGGAUGACAAGGACUUCCAAUUCCACUUGAAACGAAUCUACAACCAAACCAAAUCUGUGAAAGAGUUCCUGACGAGCGCCCUGGUCCCCAUCAGUGAACUCAAUCUCAGCACACACUCAUCCGGACAAUCUGCAAUUCAAAUCCCAUCACCCAAGGCCUUCGCCUGGCAAUCCCUUUCUUGCCCCGAUCCCGCACCGCUCCCAUUCUUCGCCUCCGCCGCCUCAUCCUCAAGUCCCUCAUCCCUCCCACUGGCCCUACUUCUCGCCGCAACCCGCCUAGCAGCCCUCUUCGACCCGGGCAAUGACGGCGUUCAAACCCAAAGCCUAGCACCGCUCGCACUUUCCUUCCCAGCUGCGUACGCCGAAUACGUCCGUCUCCUCUCAUCCGCCAAAGUAUCAGCUUCAAUCUCUGGUGCCGCUGCUACCCCCGGUCGUGUCUGGGGUCGUGAUGUAGCACGCGAGUCUUGGGAGAAACUUGUGACUUGGGGCCUUGUCACGCCUGUUGGCAGCGGUAACGGCACAGCCGACGGACAGAUGUUCCGUGUUGAGAUCAGUUUCGAAGAAGUGGUUGAGAUGGCUGGCUCGAGUAGUUCCCUCGGACAGUGGUGGAGAGAUGGUUAA